AUGAGCAAUAGAGACAAGGUACUCGCCUCAGCAGUAGACGCCAUCGGGCACACGCCCCUCGUGCGCCUCGACCGCAUCACCGCCUCGCUCGGACUAGAGGGGACAAUCCUAGCCAAACUCGACUACCUCAAUCCAGGAGGUUCGAAGAAGGACCGAGCGGCGCGCGGUAUUAUCGAGGAGGCCGAGGCAAGUGGCUUGCUCAAGCCAGGCCAGUCGGUUGUCGAGUUGACAAGCGGAAACAUGGGUGCGCCAACAGUUUAUCUCUUGCUGACGUUAGGCACUGGACUGGCCAUCAUCUGCGGUAUCCGAGGAUAUCCUUUUAUUGCGGUCAUGUCGCGCGGCAACUCGCCCGAACGUGCGCGCAUGAUGGCUGCACUUGGGGCCGAGGUCGUGCUGGUCGACCAGCUGUCCGGGUCGGUUCCGGGGCAAGUUUCUGGCGGCGACCUCGCCCUGGUUGAAGACAAGGCAAAGGAGAUCACCGAGGCGCGAGGUGCGUUCCGUGCGGACCAGUUUGCGCGUGAUGGCAAUUGGCGCUCGCACUACAACGGUACAGCCCGCGAACUUUGGGAACAGACGGACGGGAGACUAGAUGGUUUCGUCGACUUUGCAGGCUCUGGUGGGACGUUUGCAGGCGUCUCGAGAGCGCUCAAGGAACUCAACCCUGAAGCAAAGUGCUUCGUUGUCGAGCCCGAGGGCGCAGCAGUGCUCGCUGGGCAAACUGUUUCCAAUCCUGAUCAUCCUAUCCAAGGCGGCGGAUACUCGAUGCCCGACCUCGCGUUCCUCAAAGGCCUGCAAGCGGACGGGUACAUCCAGGUCACUGGCGACGAGGCUCGUCAAGCGGCUCGCAUGCUGGCGACCAAGGAGGGCAUCUUCGGUGGCUUCUCAUCCGGCGCCAACCUGGCUGCAGCAAUAAAGGUGCUGCAGGGUGAAAUGAAGGGCAAGACGGUCGCAAUGGUCGUGUGUGACUCUGGAUUAAAGUAUCUCUCAACCGACCUCUGGGCUGAGCUUUAA